AUGGUACGAGGUGUGGCUGAAGCAUGGCGAGAUGUAUUCGCGCAGUUCCAUUUUGCCGGUGAAGAGGAUCCUAAGAAAGCUGCCGAGAGUUACCUGUUGCAGCUUCGAAAAGACAAGCGCUAUAUUGAAGAUGUGUGGCUAUGA